CAUCAGUGAAGUGACAACCUCUAAAGCGAGUUUCUGGGCUGAGUKAGCGAUUGCUCCUUAUUUAUUCCCUGACUAUUGUACCACACACAAAGUGGACUUUAGAAAGGACAGAUGAUUAGAUCUACAAAUAAUUUAUCAGCCGUUUUAGGCACGAUGACUUCAAGAGAGUACACGACCGUCAAAGCGAGUCACAUUACGAAGAGGGCUUCUGAAAUGGAUUUGAAUGGCAUAAAAUGUCAUCUAAAUGACGAAUUUGGACUGUUUAUCCAAGGAAUUUUAGCAUUUGUCGCUUUCAGUACACUAUUAUUAAAACGCUACAAAGAACCGCCCACAGAGCGAAGAACAUUUACAAUUUGGUUUUAUGAUACUUCAAAGCAGGCUAUUGGAGCAGUAGUUAUGCAUUUUGCUAAUGUUGUACUUGCUGGUCAGUUUAAUGGAGACCCUUGCACAUGGUAUUUAAUUAACUUUCUGUUAGAUUCAACACUUGGUUUGAUAUUCAUCUGGUUAUUCCUACGUAUAAUACAGUUCAUAGUUGAGAUAUAUUCCAUUGAAUCACUACGAUCAGGCGUCUAUGGAACACCUCCACAGUGCCGUGCCUGGAUUGGACAGUGUCUAUUGUAUCUURUUGUUGUCGUCUUUGAGAAGGUUACAGUUGCUCUUCUAGUUCAGCUGCAAUUCUGGGAAAAAGUCAGGCAAUUUAUUCUAAAACCAGUCAAGGGAAAUCCUAAGAUGGAAGUCGCUAUUGUCAUGCUCAUAGUUCCCUUUGUUUUCAAUGCUUUAAUGUUCUGGGUUGUUGAUGGCUUCUUGAUGCGAAAACGACGAAAAUCCUUAGAGACAGAAGACCAUGUCAGAGUGAAGUACCAAAGACGAGAGAAUACCAGCAAAUCUCCCAGCCAUUCUGACGAGGAAGCUGUGUUACUGGACAAUGAAGGAGACGUCGAGGAUGGUUUGUUUCACAGAGAGGUCAUGAGAUGACCAAUAUUGACUUAAAGAUUAUUUUUAUGUUGAAUUGUAUAGGAUGUUUUUCAAUUUAUAUACGYGAAUUAUACCCAGGUUCCGCACAUUUGGUAAURGCARAGGUGAUCUGGGUGCAACUCAAUAAUCUCAUACUCUCAGACCCUCUUCAGCCCUCAAUACGAGGCCCUGGGAAACUCGAAGACUUAUUUUCAGUUUCAUUGAUUCUUUAAGUGGGUCAUGUGGAUUCUGGCAUUAAUCUGUAUAAAACUAGGAUAUUAGUUUUCGGUUAUUUUAUCAUAGGAAUUCAUAAGUUUCUUUUCUGAUGUUUCAGAAGAAGAGGCAGGGAAGGAAUAAGACUAACUUUAUAAAUUUUAUGAAAUUGGCUGACAUWGUAGAAUUAUUGCCCUAGCAGAAGUAACAGGGUCUGAAUUUKUUUUUUGCAUGUAUGGCAURAAAUGCACUCUKAUACUGUUGAUUAUCUUACAUGUAUGGUCAUAGGGCUCGUGCUACKCCUUGAAGUCCUUGAAAAGUCCUGGAAUCGAAAAUGAAACGUCUGCAAACAUCAAAAAAUAUCUUAAAAAAUAGUCCUUGAAAAUCGCAUUUUUGUCCUUUUAAAAAAUGUACUUCAAAAGUCCAGGAAUUUUGUAGUGAAAAUGUAGCAYGAACCCUGGGUCAACUGCACUGGAAAGUAGCCAAAUAGGGRAAUAUAUGCAUAYAAGUAAGACCUGAAUCKUAAGGGRCAGUUYCUGGGAAAUGUAGGGCUAGMAAUAUAGACACGGAAAAUGAGAAAAAAGUUUGAACUGUGGAUUAAGUGAUGUAUUUAAAUAAGGCUAUCCAACUGUUAGUGAAAAGUUUUAAACAGAUUGGACAGAAAKAACUGUUAUGUGGGAUGGGCCGAUUGCUUUUUUAYUUCUGAUUUCAAUACUGUACUGCAUUUUACACAUGCCUUGCUUUGGUUAGAUUAAUAUAGAUAAUCACUUUUAUAUAGUGCAAUGGGGAAUUAACAUGAGACUUGGCACAAGUUAUUCAUAAAAACGUUUUUAUAAGAAAUUGUUGAAAAGUACCAAAAAGAUAGAUAUAUUGUUAAAAUUUGUACAUGAUGUUAAUGCUCCCAAUUCCUUCACUUUAUUAGGGAUAUURAUGUUGUUAAAUUUGAAGGAUUUUGUUUUGUAAAUGUCUUAAUAAACCACUUGGGAAUGCAUGAAAA